AUGUCGUGAGUUUGUCGGUCAUGCAAAAGGCCAUAUACGCAUGCUGCUGACUCCGUCCCCAACACAUCUCCACAGCUCCACCGUUCCCGCGAUCGAUGCGUCCGAGCUCGCGGCGACUCAAACCGCCGGCUACAAGGUGCGCCGUGCUUCACGGCAGUCCAGCUGGUAUUUAUUAGGUAUCAAAAGCUGAUGAUGGGCACGUUCGCGUUCCAGGUCGGAGCGGAAAGAUCCUUGGCCGAAUUAGCCGAGGCAAGUUGCUACGCGUCACCUUUCAGAGUGCCGCACAGGCGUCAAGUUGUCGUGGGGGAGCCAUCCUCCGCUGCCUCUCCGUCGUGUGGGGGUGCGGUCGACGUGGCUAGCACCGACGGUCGCGCCUGAGCAAACUACGCGCUCGACACCCCGGGUCUGUAGCUGACCCUUUCCCGUUGUUGGUCUGUGUCCGGUGCAGUUGGACAAGGAGGACGAAUCAUUGGCUAAGUGGAAGGCGUCGUUGGGGCUAGAUGCGAAUGCCGUAGCCAGUGGUUCAGCAGGUCCGUUCAGCCAUCCAUCUCACUCACGCGACGUUUGCACGUCACACUCGCCGUCGGCAACGCGUGUCAGCCCCUGGACGCGUGUUGAGGGAGGAGAUGACGAUGCUGAUCGAAUCUUCUGCUAUAUGAGCAGCAGCCGGGCCCAAAGUGGAAAUGAUCUCCCUCACGCUCACGUCGAACCGACCGGCAGGACCUAUCGUGCUCGACUUGAAGGACCCUAAACAAUUGGCUGGCGCGGCUCGUAAGUCCGCGGAGGAAUGAUCUUGCUGGCAAGGAAAUCACUUGGAGCGGAAAGCUGAUGAGAUGCGUUCGCGCGUGAGCUCUUUGCAGCCGUCGUUAUCAAGGAAGGGUCCGAGUACACGGUCGAGAUCAAAUUUCUCGUCAAGUCAGUCAAUUCCCGGGCCUGAUGCUUUUUGUCCUCGCUGUGCAUCUUCUCAGGCCACUCACGACUCUCUCUCCAUCCCACCAGAUCUCUCGUCGCAGGCCUCAAAUACAUCCACGUCGCCAAACGCAUGGGUCUCUCGGACAAACUCGAACACAUGAUCGGCUCGCGAGGCCCUUCCACCGACCCCGUCGUCGCUAAGUUGCCGACCGAGGAAGCACCGAGUGGGAUGCUGGCGAGGGGCAAGUAUGUCGUCAGGUCACGCGUCAUCGAUGAUGAUGGGGCUGUCUAUCGUGAGUUUUUGGAAGAUGUUUCGUUGGGGCCAAGCUCUGUCCGGAGCUUGAACUGCAAUUGUUGGCUGACUCUCAGCCUCGAUACUUUGCUCACAGUCGACGCGACUUGGCAAUUCGAACUCAAGAAGGAUUGGUAA